GGCUUUAGGACCCAGGAGCGAUUCAAAUGUCGUUCAGACAUAAGGCUCGGUUGGUUUAAUGGGAGAAAGGCUAGACUUCUAGUGCACGAGGAUACAUUAACGAAUACGCAUGGACAUAUCUGCUGAUACAUUGUCAAAGAGUCCAAGCAAUGGCCCGGAAUAACAUUUGAAUUGGUUAAGGUAACCAGUGCUGGCUGAAACCUUCCCCAGCACUAGACCCUUCUGAUUUGAGUGAAGGGGACCAGAGUGUCUUCUCCUUCUGUGGGACUCCCUCAGUGGACAGAACCUCCCCCUUACCCCCAUUCCUCCGCAGACCACCAUGGGCGAAGUAGUCAUUGUGAAGGAGGGAUGGCUUCACAAACGAGGAGAGUACAUAAAGACUUGGAGACCCAGGUAUUUCUUGCUGAAGAGCGACGGUACGUUCAUCGGGUACAAGGAGCGACCGCAAGACAUCGACCAACUGGAGACGCCACUCAAUAACUUCUCAGUAGCACCAGAAUGUCAGCUGAUGAAAACAGAGCGUCCUAAGCCCAACACAUUCAUCAUCCGCUGCCUGCAAUGGACCACUGUCAUAGAGCGCACCUUCCACGUGGACAGCCCAGAGGAGAGGGAGCAGUGGACGAAGGCCAUCCAGGAGGUGGCAGAUGGGCUGCAGAAACAGGAGGAGGAGAGGAUGGACUCCUCGCCAGACCCCAUGGACAUGGAGAUGUACCUCACCAAACCCAAACUUAAAGUGACUAUGCCCGACUUUGAAUACCUCAAGCUCUUGGGAAAAGGCACUUUUGGGAAGGUUAUCCUGGUGAAGGAAAAAGCCACAGGAAAAUACUACGCUAUGAAAAUCCUCAAGAAAGAAGUGAUUGUGGCGAAAGAUGAAGUAGCGCACACUCUCACUGAAAACAGAGUACUGCAGAACUCCAAACACCCCUUCUUAACGGGUCUGAAGUACUCCUUCCAGACGCCUGACCGCUUGUGUUUCGUCAUGGAGUAUGCCAAUGGAGGAGAGCUGUUCUUUCACCUAUCACGAGACCGUGUGUUCUCCGAGGAGAGGGCCCGGUUCUACGGAGCUGAGAUUGUGUCGGCGCUGGACUACCUCCACUCGGAGAAGAACGUGGUUUACAGGGACCUGAAGCUGGAAAACCUGAUGCUGGACAAAGACGGCCACAUCAAGAUCACAGACUUUGGCCUGUGUAAGGAGGGCAUCAAGGACGGGGCCACCAUGAAGACCUUCUGUGGGACGCCAGAGUACCUGGCCCCCGAGGUGCUGGAGGACAAUGACUACGGUCGUGCUGUGGACUGGUGGGGUCUGGGUGUGGUCAUGUAUGAGAUGAUGUGCGGUCGACUGCCCUUCUACAACCAGGACCACGAGAAGCUGUUUGAGCUGAUCCUGAUGGAGGAGAUCCGCUUCCCUAGGACCCUGGGGCCCGAGGGAAAGUCCCUGCUCUCUGGUCUGCUCAAGAAGGACCCCAAGCAGAGGUUAGGUGGAGGGCCUGAUGACGCCAAGGAGAUAAUGCAGCACAAGUUCUUCGCUGGGAUCGAGUGGCAAGACGUGUAUGAGAAGAAGCUGGUCCCACCCUUCAAGCCCCAGGUCACCUCGGAAACAGACACCCGCUAUUUUGAUGUGGAGUUCACCGGGCAGACCAUCACCAUCACACCUCCAGGACAAGAUGACAGCAUGGAGUCUUUCGACAGCGACAGGAGACCCCACUUCCCCCAGUUCUCCUACUCUGCCAGUGGAACAGCCUGAACCUAAACCGAAGCCUAGACCCCCUCUACCCUCUCCUCACCCUCUUAUGGACCAUACUGCUCUCACCCUAAUGCCCCAAUCUCUGAACAGAACUCAUCCUCAUAGGCCAUCUAUGACCUCACUCAUGUUUAUCUUCUUUUUUAUCUGUUUGUUCUGUAAUUGUUGGGGCACAUCUCAAUUGUCUAGCGUGGCUUCUUAGCCUGUUCUCCUCUUCAGAUGAGUCCAGGGGAGGAGAGGAGACAUGGAGUGGAAGGCCACCUUCGACUAUUGAGUCUCCCUUGGUGUCACCAGUGUUUCAAAUACUGUACUUGUGUUGCUUAGAGGGGAGGAGUCGGUUGCCUGCCAAUAGGAACACACUUGGACUAGAGGUCAAAAGUCACUAAGAUUCAGUGGUGACCGGCCAACCUAAUUCUUCAUGGCAACAUGAUUUCCUGUCAAUGAUACAUAUGCAGCUAGCCUCAAAAGAAAAAAAGAGAAGCACAGUUAUACACAAUCUCUGAAAAUGAGCUUUUUAAACGGUACACUAUCUAUUUCUACAAAUUAUUAGCUUUAUAUUUUGAUGGAGCAAAGGAAACAUCAUAGUGUGAUCUUUAGAAAUAGUCCUCCUUCUUCCCAUCUUCUACUAGCCACCACUGCCAUUGUGCUCUCAAAGACUCUCACAGAUAUUCAGAGGUUUGCGAGAGGUAACACUAAAGCUCCACACCUGGGUUGUGUUCAGUAGGGCACCACAAAGCAAAACGUUUUGAAAUAGAAAAUGAAAAUAUGUGUUCUUAUUAAACAAGUUCCCGUAACACAGGGAUGGGCAACUUUGGUGAGGGUGGGGGCCACAAAAAAUCGGAACUCAUCACAAGGGGCCGCAGUGGCUCGCGGGUCUGCUUACCCACAUCCAUACCCACGCAUGCAGUCAGUCCGGCCCUAGCUUUUUGGGGGACCCUAAGUUAGAAUUCCAGUUCAUUUCCUGCAAUUCUACACAUUUUGCCUUGGGGAGGAGAGGAUUUUUCAGUUUUACAGCUAAUUUGCUGCUAUUCUACACAUUUUGCCAUAGGGUGGAGAGAAAUGUUUUUAACAUGCAGUUUUGCCGUUUUUAAUAUAUCUGAGUGAGAGUGACUAAUAUAAUCAAUGGGGGCCCCCCGACCGUUAAAUUUACCAUAAUUACUACAAGUUUAGAAAGCUGGCUAGACUAACUACCAAUCUAAAAUAUCUUAGCUGACAUGGGCUAAUUGAGGGACUGUCAGUGACUGACAUAACAAUAGAAACUGCUUAUGCACAACCAAAUUUAGAAAUUGCUCCUUGUGUAUUCUACUAUUAUUACUCUAAACAAUAAGAUACUUUGUUUUUGGAAAGUUGCCCAUCCCUGCCGUAGCACCUCCUGUUUGCUUUCUCCUAUUUUGUGACUUCUGAACAUGACCCUGCUGUCUCUCACCUCUCAAAUGUUGAUCCUCCCAAACACACACACCUUCUAGUAGCAGUGAGGACUAGAGUACUGAAAUGGAGUCUAUCGAAUGAUCUGUUAUUCUACUUUUCUUCAGUGUUACUGGCCUCCCUCGCCUUCUGGCCUAAGAUUUCCUUAGAGUGACUACAGUACAGUGAAAGUUUGGUGUACGGGAUCACACCAUCUGUGAAUUGGCGUGGCGCAGAGUGAAAUUCACAAAACGGUGUGUGGAUUAUAAAGGACAUUUUUGUGGGGGGUUGGUGUAUCUGGUUACCUUUAUGAUUUGGGAAAUAGGUUGUUUUCAUGCGAAUAGCAAUCUUGGUAUUCCGGUACAACUCAGCGGGCAAAAGUUCCUGCUGCAACCAGAGUAGGGAAGAUGGGUAUUUUCCCUGAUACAUAUUAGGUUGUAUGGUGAAAUGACUGGAUGUACGUACUUGUUUUGUUAGAAAGGCCACUAUAUCCAUUUACCCAUUAAACAAAUGGGCUCGGUUGAAACCAUGUGUAAGGAACCCUUUUGUUGGUUUAUAUUUCUCUAUUAAAGCUAUAGACAUAUACAACUUCAAAGUACAUUGAGAUACCUAAUAAAAGUCACUUUUUAUAUUUAGCAGAGAACCAUGCUCGUAGACCUGUUAGCUGCUAGCUACAUGUUGAUAAUAGAAAUCAACUUUUUUUUAAAUGCGUUUUUCUACCAGCAUGCCAUUGAAUGCUGACACAUGCAUGGCUUAAACAACGGAAGAGUCUGAAGCUCGCCUGUAAAGAUUUUAAAACGAUUUACCAAUCAAGCAGUUGCUCCACAAACAUCUGGUAUUGAGAGCACAGGUCACAGUCCGAACAAUGUAUAACUAAACUCUUACCAGCCAUGUUCCAGUACAUAUUCUGAAGACCCUUAGCUUGGUGGACAGUUUCUGUAUACUGUGGGAAGACUACCUGGUCUAAGUAAAUGUAAUUGUGCAAUAACAUAGGGCUGUGGUAUGAGAGGAAAGAAGGAGCAAACAUAUUUGUGACUGGAAUCCUCGUGAGGGUAGAUGGGAUAGGGGGCUGGGCAAUGCUGAUACAAAAUGAAUGGUUUGAAAUGAAUGUCUUUCUUUUAGCUAGAACUGUGACCAAAGUCUUGUUUAGUUUGUGUGAGAUUUACAACCUCGCCCUGACCCUUAACCUUACCGGAGUCGCACUGACUGACAACUGGGGGAUAUGAUCAUCUGAAAGGCAUGCUCAUGUACUGAUACGAACCUUUGGAAUUGAGUGUACAAAAUGAAUGGUGUGAAUGUUCUGUUCUACCAACGAAUUGACCUUCUCUUUGCUGUUAGAUUCUCAACAGGUAGCCUAUUAUUUGUUUGUACGUUUAAUUGUUCUAUUGUUUUGCGAUCCUUUCCAGUUAUUGGGUGUUUUUUCCCCAAUGCUUUUAGCAACACCUCACUGAGGUCACUGUUACAGUACCCUUUAAGACAGACAGCUACUGUACAUAGACAGUUACUGGUGUAGCGAAACACACCAAACAGGCUGUUACUAUCCACCAUCAAGGAAGGAUGACUAUGUAUUUGUGUGUGUACACAAGCGAUUGUGCGGACAGGUCUGUGAGGCCAACAAUUCAAUGCAUUUGUAUCAGUGAUUUGUCACAAACUCACUGGCUAUGUAUGGUAUGUUAGUCAAGGAAAACAAAUGAGAAGCUUACCUUUUUACAUAUUAAAUCAAAAAUAUUUGAGACGUAAAUACCUCAAUGGUCUUAAUUGAAUCCAAGUGAGGAUAUCCACAUUUUGCUAAUGGUAACUUACGUUGUGUCCAGAUAUUCUAGGUUUGUUAAGUGUUAAGGCCUUAUUUAAUUUGAAGUUAGUUGAAACCCCUCUGAAUAUAAAAUAUUUAUUUAGGAAAUGGUUCAAAAUGUUCACUGAACAAUACAAUACAUUUAAUAAUUAAUGUUAAAGAAAUGAUAAAUGAAUGUAAAACAUUUAAUUUUGUUGACCCAUUCCAGUUUUGUAUAUUUACUUAUUUUUUUACUUCCUUAUUUUGAAAUCAUUGACCUAAUUGUUGCUUAUCGACCGGUCCUUCCCUGGUGAUUCACCAUGUAAGUUGGGGGGGGUAAGAAAAUGUUAAAGAAUUUAUAUUUAAGUUAUUUCAUUCCCUUUGAUGCCCCCUUUGUAGAUGAGAAACUGAACAAUUGAAUGCACCAGCUUUUGUGAACAAAGAACCAGUGUUGGCUGCUGAAGGGAGGACGGCUCAUAAUGGCUGGAACGGAGCUAAUGGAAUGGCAUCAAACACAUGUAAACCAUGUGUUUGAUGUAUUUGAUACCAUUCCACUGAUUCCGCUCCAGCCAUUACCACGAACCAUCCUCCCCAAUUAAGGUGCCACCAACCUCCUGUGCAAAGAAUGUUUUCCUUUGCUGUGUGGGCAUAAAUGUGGCAUUAUUUUUCAUUGGGAUUCAGAAAUAAAGACUUUUUGGACUAAUA